UUAUCAAUGAUAUCUAAAAGUACAAGGAGUGCCACAAAAUAAAAAAAAUAGUGGGAAUAGCAGCGCUGUCCAUUCACUAUUCAAGUAACACGAAGCGAGAGAAAUGGACUACAGUUUAGCAGCGCUGAAGCUGCUAUGCGUGCAGCUAAAAGACGCCCGCGAAACUUCUUCUCAAAACGCAUUAACUCUAGGCGGCAUUCUCUUCCAACGCGCCUGGUUACAGGGCAUUUUGGUCUUCAACGACGGCGAUGGCAAUCUCAUCCUCGAUGACGGUACCGGUGUCAUCCACCUUUCUCUCUCCGGCGACUUCCGUCUCCGCCGCUGGGAUUUAGGGAUGUACGUUAUGGUGAUCGGUGGAUAUUUUGUCCGUACGGGUGAAACGCCUAUAAUUAAGGUCCAUAAAAUUGUUGAUCUUUCCGCAUUUCCUGAUAGAGAAUCCAUGUGGUAUCUUGAAGUCAUGGAGGCUUAUAAGCUAUUCUAUCAGCCUUUGAUUGAAGAAUUCAUCUGAAUCUAUCUGCUUCAAUUUUCCUUGUAUAGCUACACUGCAAAUGACAGUAAUUUCUUUACUGAAUGAAUGAGUUUAAUUUUGUUCUA